AGACCUCUACUUGCCAAAACUAUGGACCUCCAUGAGUUUUGGGUGGACAGAAUGAUUAUGAAGAGGGGAAUUAUUGGCAUGGCAUCUGUGGCAGCACUAUUCUGGAAUGGAAUACACAAUUAAGCUGGUGAAGUACAAGUUUUUGAUAGUUUUUCAGAUAGUGAGACAAGUAAUCUUCUACUAACAGACUGAAUAUUUGACAGAUAACAAAUCAAGGAACAAAACAUGGCUCUGGGGGCUGUAAAAUUUGACUUGCCCAAACGGAUCAAACUGGCCCAGGGACUGUGGCUCCUGUACUGGCUCGCAGUUAUGGGUGGGAUCCUCAUCUUUAGCAUGGGGCUUUUCUUCAAGAUUGAACUUCGCAAAAGGAGUGAGAUGAUGGACAAUAAUGAGAGUCAUUUUGUACCCAAUCUGCUCAUCCUGGUUGGCCUGGCUGCUUGCAGCAUCAAUGCUUUUGGUGGCAAAGUGUGCCAUGACUCACUUGAUUCAGCUAAGUUUUCCAAGUGGAAGCCCAUGAUGAAGAAUUACCUGUGUGGAUGCUUUGCCUUCUCCAUCAUCCUCUUCAUCAUGGCUCUGCUUUGCUUCCUGAUGCAGAUCUCUCUACAUUUUGCCCUGGCUGAAGGUCUAAAAAAUGGGAUGAAAUACUACAAAGACACAGACACCCCAGGACGUUGCUACAUGAAGAGGACGCUGGACAUGACCCAGAUUGAAUUCCGUUGCUGUGGCAACAACAACUUUAGGGACUGGUUUGAGAUCCAGUGGGUUAGCAACCGGUACCUCGACUUCAACAAUGAUGAGGUCAAAGAUCGUAUCACAAGCAAUGUAGAAGGUAAAUACCUUAUGGACAGCGUUCCCUUUAGCUGCUGCAACCCUGGUUCUCCACGGCCCUGCAUCCAGCACCAUCUGACCAAUAACUCGGCUCAUUAUGACUAUGACCAUCACACUGAAGAACUAAAUAUCUGGACUCGAGGCUGCCGUGAAGCCCUGGUCUCCUACUAUGGGGGGAUGAUGAACAGCAUUGGGGCUCUUGUGCUGCUAGUCAUGGUCUUGCAGGCUGCAGAUAUGGUGGGACUGAAAUACCUGACAACCUCUUUGGAGACCCUGACAAACCCAGAGAACCCAGAGAGUGAGAGUGAAGGUUGGCUGCUGGAAAAGAGUGUGAAAGAAACCGUGUCUGAUGUCCUGCAGAACAUAAAAUCACUUGGCAAAAAGAACCAGGUGGAGGGGGCUGAGGUUGCUGCCAGUAGCAGCUGAGCAGCUCACACACACAGCUGGAACUAAAACCAUCCUAUAAGGAGAAUCAAAGAUACCCUUCUUUGUGGAAAACAAAUUCCGACAAACACAGACACGCAUUCACAUCAACACUUGUAACUAUAUUGUACUGAUGGGCCAUACAAUCAGAAGUGAACAAAAGUAAAAGAUCCUUAAUGAACCAUUAAAUAUUUUGAGCGCUAAUUGAAACAAAUGUAAAUAUUGACAUGUAAAUAUAUAUUUAAAUAACAUAAAAUAGAGUUUAAUUUUAAAAGAUAUAUAUUGGAUGUGGGGGAUAAAAUGAGGUUCAGAGACAAAUAUUUAUGUAAUCUAAUCUCUUGUUCCCAACCAACCAAGGUUCAGGAAGGGCCAAAAACCUAGUGGUGAUGACCCUCACACAACCUUGUCCAAGUCCAAAAGGCUAACACCAUUAAGACAUAUCCUUUCUCACCUAUUCUUGCAUUAUAUAAUUAUUAAGAAAGACAAUUUAUGUGUGGUUUGAAGUAAAUAUGGCCUCUGACUAGUGUCCAGGUUCUUUUUAAACACUGCUGUUUGAGUAACUGCGCAACACUAGCACAGCUUGACCAUUAAA